CUGACAUACUCAUCAUGGUGACAUCUCUUUAUGUGCUUGAGGAGGAAGAUCUGAGAGGUGAAGGAGAACGGACAGCCAGAGCACGAGAAGAUCUGAGAGAACCAUAUAAACAGAACACAAUGGAUGGAACCCUUAUAUCGUUGCUCACGGUCCUCCCUGCAAUUUGAUCAGGUUCAUUUGUUGCCUCAGAUCAGUCAUGGAUGGAGGUUCACUUUCAGCAUCAUCAUCAUCAUCGUCUGAGCAGGAGGCAGAUUCUUCACCCUACAGCGUCAGUGCUCUCCUACAGAACCCAGAGGAAAAUGGGGCUAUAGAGGAAUCAAGGGCGAAGGUGGUGGAGGAGGAGAUAGUCCCUGCUGGUGAGAGGUUGUUGUCCGGGGAGGACCAGGGGUCUCUGAUCACUGACAGUAUGUCAGUCACCUCAGCUGACCAGGAGAAACUACUACUGCUCAACAGGAACACUGAGCUACGCAGAGUCAACAAAGAGUUGAUGAAGCUGAAUGAAGACUGGGACCAUGUGUAUCGCAGCACAACUCUGAGUCUCCAAAAGAGAGUCGAGACUCUGGAGCAGGAGAGCAACACAGUCAAACAACUCAACAAUACGCUGCUGCUCAAAGUAGACCAUGAACAGAACAAGAGGGAGUACUAUGAACACACACUGAUGCAGGAGUUGAAGAAGAACCAGCAGCUACAUGAAUACGUCAGAAUGCUGGAGAAUAGACAACAUCAGACAGACACCACCAGAGACUGGACAAAGAGCACACAGACCAGUUUGAGCACUGUGACCCAUCUUCCAGAAACCACCCCCAUCUCUGAUGCUCCUGGGGGGUCGAAUCUGUCCCCCAGCCUCAGCCAUGGCACCAUACGCGGCCUCUCCUCCUCUUCCGGCCAUGGUCCAUCAUCCCAUCUCUUCUCCUCCUCCACCCCAGGUAGAGGAGCCCUGAGUAGUGGUAGAAUCAGUAUUGGCCCCUACAGGGCACUAGAGGACCAAGCAAACCCCCAGAAGGAGGUGCAAGACCUAAAGGAGCAGCUGGAGGCCCUCAGAUGCCAGACUGAGAUCUAUGAAGCAGACUACCAGACGGAGCAUAAGGACCACAAACACACCCAGCAGGAGAACAAGAGACUGAGGAGGACAAGAGAGGAGAUGAGACAACAGAUGGCCCUACUACAGGAGCAGCUCAAGGUAUACGAGGAUGACUUUAGGAAGGAGCGGUCAGACAAGCAGGUCCUGCAGCGUCUACUGAUGAAGAAAAGUCCCGCUCUGGUCAAACAGCCUGUCCUGGUCCACCGCUGUAAUAAUGAGCAGAAGCCAGCAGGGGGAGACAGGAGGCGGCAGAGAGAGGAGCAGAGAGAUCCUCACACCAGUACACCCCAGCCAGACCACCACCCGCUGUGCCCCAAACACUGUGAGAGGAGGAACACUGAAGAGUCCACAUGAGGCAGACGACACACAAACAUGCUCACACACAUUGAACUUGUAUUACGAUGUUGGUAUUACCACUAACGCGUUGAGGACUAGCCUACUCCAGUACUGAGUGACUGUGUCUAUCUGACAAUUAAAUGAUUUGUAUCUAUUAUCUUUCUCUCAAAUUGUAUGAACCUUAUGUUAUUUCCUAAUUCUGCCGAUAAUGUUGAUUAUCGACAAAGGGACUGAGUGAUUUUCCAGUUGUCUCUGCCUCCUACUUAGAUAACAUGGUCAACAUUACCACCUAGUGGUUUUCUUAAUCCUACAUAAUGUCAUGCUUUUUGAUGCAGUUAUUGGGACAUCUCUGUAAAAGCCACAGUGAAUUCAACUAAUUAAAUACACCCCUUGAUUUCAAAUAACACCAGGAUGUCCUUAAAUACAAGUGAUCAACUUCAGAUGUUGUCAUUUUCUUAAAACAAAUAUAACAAAUGUAUAAAAACUAUGAAAUAC